AUUUUACCGAUAGCACAAAUACAACCCUGCUCGCGCAUUCACACAAAAUGCUGUCAUUUUGACAGCUACCACUUUCUGUUCUUUUCCGGUAUCAACGUUCGCAAUGGGUCGCGUCAGAACCAAGACAGUGAAGAAGGCCGCCAAGGUCAUCAUCGAGAAGUACUACACUCGCCUGACGUUGGACUUCCACACCAACAAGCGCAUCUGCGAGGAGGUUGCUAUCAUUCCCACCAAGCCCCUCCGCAACAAGAUUGCCGGCUAUGUUACCCACUUGAUGGGCCGUCUGCGUCACUCUCAGGUGCGUGGUAUCUCCAUUAAGCUGCAGGAGGAGGAGCGUGAGCGUCGUGAUAACUACGUUCCUGCUGUGUCUGCUCUGGAGCAAGACAUCAUCGAGGUCGAUGCCGAUACCAAGGAGAUGUUGAAGCUGUUGGACUUCCACAACAUUCGUGGCCUGCAGCUCACUGCGCCCAGCACCAACAACUAUGGACGUCGCAAUUAGGUUUUAAUCGGGAAUCAACAAGGACGGUAGAUGAUGUUGUCAUUUUAAGCACACACGACUGCGCUUUUUUUGCUACAAUAUAUAAAACACAAAAAGA